AUGGUAGAUCGAGACCAGAAAAUCCAAGUGAUAGUUCGCAAAAGACCUCUAAACACUAAAGAAAAGGCCCGAGGUGAAGUUGAUAUUCUAUCUCAGCGCUCACCUCAAACAAUAGUAGUCACAGAGGAGAAAGUCAAAGUGGAUUUGACAAAAUAUAUAGAAGAGCAUCAUUUCACAUUUGACGGUGUAUUCAGUGAAGACGUUACUAAUGAGAUGCUCUAUAGAGCUACAGUCCAGCCAAUAGUCCAAGCAGCAUUCCAAGGAGCCAAAGUCACGUGUUUUGCAUAUGGCCAGACAGGCAGUGGAAAGACAUAUACAAUGAUGGGAGAAGGACAAACCCCAGGACUUUAUUUGUUGGCAGCUAAUGAUCUUUAUUAUUAUAAGGAGCAGCUUUAUCCAAAUAUAAAGCUAUGGGUUUCAUUUUAUGAAAUUUACUGUGGGAAGCUUCAUGACCUUUUAAAUGAAAGGCAUAUUCUUCAUGUUAGAGAAGAUGCCAAACAAAAUGUCAAUAUUGUGGGACUCCAAUAUAAGCCAGUUGAUGAUGUGCAAACUUUAAUGCACAUUCUCACCUUAGGGCUUUCUAAUAGGACAACAGGGACUACAGGUGCAAAUGAUGACUCUUCAAGGUCUCAUGGAGUUUUAGAAAUCUCUUUGCGCGAAAAACGCCGUGCUGUUGGUAAGGUUACUUUUAUUGACUUAGCAGGAAGUGAAAGAGGUGCAGAUACAAUGAACUCUGAUGGAAAAACCAGAAUAGAUGGGGCAGAAAUCAAUAAAUCUCUGUUAGCGCUAAAGGAGUGUAUAAGGGCUCUCGAUCAAGAUAAAAAGCAUACCCCAUUUAGAGGAAGCAAGCUGACAUUAGUCUUGAAAGACUCUUUUGUAGGAAACUGCAGAACUGUUAUGAUUGCAAAUGUUUCACCUGGACUUACUAGCUGUGAGCACACAUUGAAUUCUUUAAGAUACGCUGAUAGAGUUAAAGAGCUUAAAAAAGGUGGAGGAGGUGCAGGGAAAAAUGCAGAUCAGCUAGCUAAUGUUUUGAUGCUUCCAAGACAAAAUAAUAAUAUUGUACGAUAUGUCAAAAAUGAGGAGGAAGAUGAAGAUGAAAUUUCUCCAAAAAAUACAAAUAAUGUGCCCAAAAUGACUUUUAAAGAAGAAGCAGAAAGGAUUAAAACAAACGGCACAAAGCCUGCAAAUAAGCCAAAAAGCAGAAUUGGAGGUGGCUUUACAUCGCCAAGAUCUCAACAACCAAAUCCAGUCCCACAGCCGCAGCCUCAGCCUCCAGUUCCUUCAUCAACUCCUAUUUUCGACGAGUCUGAAAAUAUGGAUCUUGAAGAGCUCACAGCAUCUCAUGAAAAUUUAAUUGCUGUCAUUUUUUAUACCCAGCCAAACUUUUCACUAUCAUUUUUAAUUUCUGCCUAAUUAAUUUCCUAUUUAUAGCAUUUUAUUAUAUCAGAAGAAGAGCAGCUCAUUAAUACACAUAGAAAGACCAUCGAUGAUAUGGUCGACGCAAUUAAAGUCCAAAUGGCGCUUCUCAGUGAAGUAGACAAGCCAGGAAGUGACGUUGACCAGUAUGUAUGUGAGCUUGACAAAGUCCUAGCUAUGAAAGAAGAAAUGAUAAGAAAUCUCCGAAAACAACUGAAGUCCUUUAAUGACCAUUUAAGGCAAGAAGAGGCAAUGGCUUCUGCAUUUAAUGCAAGAAAGUCUGCUAUGGAUGUUUUUGAUUUAGAAACUCCUGACGAAGAUUUACUGCAAGAUAUGUGAUAA